GCCGAUGCCUCCAAGGUCUCAUCACAAAUCAAGAGCGAGCUCCCUGGGAAAGAGAAAGAAGCCGAGAAGAAGGGCGAAGAACUUGCACAACAGGCUGGCCAGAAGUUUGACCAAGCGACCGCCGAUGCCAAAUCCAAACUCGCCGACGCCGAGGCGAAAGCAAAGGAAUAUCGCCAGAAGACAGGCAAGGAGCUCAACAGCGCCAUUGACAAGUUUGACAAGACUGUGGAAGACCAGGCAGCAAAGGCAAAGAGCGGCAUCAGCAGCUGGUUUGGCGGCGGC